AUGAAAGUUUCACUUGAUCAUGAUGUUUAUAAAUGGCUUUUAUCACUUACUAUUGUUAAGCCUCAAUAAGUGAAGAACACUGGUAAAGUAGAAUUGGAUGAGAACUAAAGUAAAUAAUUUAUUAAUGGACUUAAAUUUGGAGAAGCAUUAAAUAAAAUGCUAGAAGCAAGAUCUAUUGUAAAAAUCAUUAAUUAAUUUAAAGCAUGUUCCAAAUUUAAGUGAUUAAAUGAAAAAUUAAUAAACUCCUGGAGUAAAAUUAUUUAAUUGGAAUAUUUUGUAAGAUGCAUUUCAAAAAAUAAACUUACCUUUAGAUAAUGAUAUUAAAAAUUUAAUUGUAAAUGGUGACAUAGAAAUGAUGAAUGAACUUUUAAAAGAUAUGAUGGAAUUAGAUAAUCAAAAUAAUAGAAAAUAAUAAACAAGAGGAUCAGUUAGAUCCUCUGAAGAUUCUUCUUUUGAAACUUCAAAGAAACCUCCAAGUAGGCCAGCAUCAAAAUUACCAUAAACAAAAUAUGAUUUUUAAGGAAAUAAUAAUGAAUUAAUUUUAGAUGAAUUAGAUACAAAAAAACCAUUAAAUGAAUCUAAAUCUUUACUUGAAUUUUUAAUAACAGGAUUAUCUAAACAUCUAACAUUAAAACCUUAAUAAGCUGCAUCUCUAUUAUCAAAUGGUAAUAAAUAUUUAGCUCAUUUACUUGUAAAAGGAGUAAAGGGAGAAUUUGAAACUUUAAUAAAUUGGCUAAGUGAUAUAUAUGGUAACAUUUCUAGAGUAUUUAAUUUUCUAGAAUAACAAGAUUCAAAUGUUUACUAUUUUUUCGCAACUAUAAAACCAGGAUUAUUAUCAAAAGAAUAAGAAAUUACUCUUUGGACUUUAAGAAUAAUGGGUAGAACAUAUUUUGAAUUAUCUGAAAUGGAAAUGCAUCAAUUAGGAUAUGAAUGGUUUUGUAAAGAAAAUGGUGGUUUAGCAGCAACUUUUCUAUGUAUGUAAAGACAUCCAAAUUUAUUGAGUUAAAUUUGUGAAUUAUAUAGUUAAGUAUCUAGAUUUAAUAUGGUUGAUUUUUUUACUGUUUAAUUUAAGAAACAAUUAGCUGAUAAAUGUGUAGAUAUGUUAAAUUCUUUGAUUGAAUUUCUCUAUUAAUAGAAAACUCUUAAAGAUGAAUUAAUUUAAUAAGGAAUUGUAUAAUAUUGGUCAUAAGCAGCAUUAAAAAUGUCAGAUUCUGAUUAAUUAACUAUAAAAAUGUAAGGAUUAAAAUAUUUAACAUUAAAUUGGUUAUUAUAUCCAAUAUAAUUUGAAGAAGAUUAAAAUUAUCCAAAUUAAUAUUUAUUUUUAAUGAAAAAAGGCACAAGAGAUUCUUCAAAUAAUUUGAAAUAUUUUUCACUUAAUAUGUUAUUUCGUUUACUUGAUAAAUUAGCAACAGAUAGAAAUCCAUAUGCAGCAGUUUUGUAUAAGAAAUUGACAUUUACUUUAAUUGAAAAUUAUAAUGAAAUUGAUGUUAGGGAAUUUAUGUUAAAUAAUUUUAUGUAUUUGAUAUAGAAAUAUUCAUCAAUACCAAUUGAUAUUUUAUUAGAACCAUUAAUAAAAUAGGUUAUGUUAAAUGAUUCUUUAGUAAAUUUAACAGAUAUGAUGUUAUUUAAAUUUAUUAGUAAGCAUCCAAAAAUGAAAAUAAGAUUGGCAAUUUUAUUAUUAGAUUUGUUAGCUAAAAUUUAUUUAAAUAGUGUGACAAUGUCUCAUUUAUCAUUAAAUCCAAUUUAAGUACUUUUAGCUCGUUUUGCAGAAUCACCAUUAUUAAGAGAAUAUGCUUUUAAACUUUGUAAAAUAGGCUUAGCUUUACAUUAUGGUAGUUUAAAGAGUAAAAUAUAAUAAGUUAAAACUAAUGAUUUAUCUAUUUUGACUGCAUUAUAAUAACAUAAUAAUGACCAUGAAAUAUUGGAAGCAUAAAAAAGGGCAUAAAUAAUUGAAUUAAUUAAAUUCAUAAUAAAUAUGUAAUAAGAUGAAUUGAAUGAAUAAAUAAAACCAUUAUUAUGUCAUUUUUAUAUUGAAUUGUAUUAUAUUAUUGUUUAUAAUUAGACAAAAUAUUAAUAUUAAGGAUAAGGGAGUGAUAACAUUGUUAAAUAUGUUUGGUAAUCCAGAAAAAAUAGUAUCAGUUAUAAAAUAAUAAUGGGAGACUGAAAAAUAAGAAUAAGAAGAAAUUCUUAGAUAAUCAUAAUCAAUAAUAGAUAAUGAAUUUGUUUAAAAUUAAUAAUUUUAACUUAUAGAGUAAACUCCAUAGACAAUAAAGAGUGAGAAAAAUAAAUAAAAUAAUAUUGAUCCAUUCAAUGAUUUGAGAUAAAAAGAAUUAGAGGAGGAAAAGAAAUUUUUAGCAUAAAAUGGUGUUGGUUUUAAAAAAAGAGUAGUAGAAUUAGAAAGAGGAAAAUAACCAAUAGCACAUACACCAAAUGUUUAGUAGUAAUAAUAAAAUAAGAAGAAACCUUAAUAAGUAGAUCCAAAAGUAUUAGAAAAUAUAGCUAAUAUUAAAUUAAAAAAGGAAGAAGAAUUAUUAAAGAAAUAAUAAGAAGAAGAAGAAAAAAGAAAAAGAAUUGAAAUUUUAUAAAAAAAAGCAUAAUAAGAAAUUCAAAAAAGAACUAUAGGUAAAGUUAUAGAAAAAGUUGAUGAAAAGAAGGUUGAAUUAAUAGAUCUUGAGGAUCAUGAGACACAUGAUUAUGAAUCUAUGAGUAUAGCUAUAAAAAAGAAUCAUAAAGCAAUGAAAUAUUUGUUUUCUAAAUAUUCUAAUACUACUAAUUAAGCUAGUAAAAAAUAAUAUUUUGGUGAACUUUAAGAAUAAUAUGAGAUUAUUUAAUUAUCUGAUAUAAUGAGAAUGUUAAAAGAUUUUUAGGUGAAUUUAUCAAAAGAAGAAAUUUAAGCAUAUGUUAAAGCUAUAAAUUAGAAAUAUUCAGAUAAUAGAACUGAUUAAUUUAGUUUAGAUUAAUUAAAUUUUGAAAGAUUCUUAGCUUAACUGUCAAUGAAAAAUGAAGGUUAUAUAUUUUAAAGAAAACCUGCUGGUUAAUGUUUAGAAUAGUUUAUGUAAGGAUUUGGAUAAAUAGCAAAAUCAAAAAGUAUAUAAAAAUAUAUAAUUAUUAGAUGAAAAUCAUCUUAUAUUUUUAGAUCCAGACAAUAUUAAUAUUGAUCCAGAUAGAGAUUUAAUUAAAUAAUUAAAUUAAUAACUUUAAACUUAAGAUAUUGCUGUACCUAAUAAAUUUAAAAAAGUUACAGAAAAAUAAUUGAAUUAAAGAUUUGAAUAUAGAUAAUAGAUUAUAUUAGGAAUUGAAAAUGCAUGGCUUGAUUGUCAUGAAAUAAUAAAUUAAUUAAUUUCAGAAACUUUUAAAACUAAUAUAGUUGAACCUUUAUCAGAUGUCAGGAUUAUAUGGAAAGUAAAACCAAAUCCUUAAUAAUAAUAAUAAGAAUAAGUGGUUUAAGUAAAAUAAAGGGAUAAUUCAUAAUAAAAAAAAGUAAUUAAUAGAGCAAUUGAAGAUAAAUUAUAAAAAUAAUAGGAAGAAGAAUAAAAAAAAAUAGAUGCAGAAGAAAAAAGAAAAAAACAUUAAGAAAAAUUAAAAUAAGAAUAUUUAAGAAAAAAAAAAGAGAAAGAAGAAUAAGAAUAACUUAAAAAAUAAGAAGAAAGAUAAGAAAUGAUUGAAAAAGCAGAAAAAGAAAAAAAAUAAUAAGAAUUUUUAAAAAAAGAAGCUGAAGAUAAAAAGUUAAAAUUAAGAGAAUAUAAAGAAAAGAUGGCAGAAGAAUCUAAAAUAAAAGAAGCUUAGAAUCUUGAAUAAUAAAAAUAGAAAUAAGAAUUAGAAAGAAAAUAAAGAGAAGAAUUUUAGAAAAAAUAAAAACAAGAAGUAACAAAAUUGUUGGAAUAAAAAAAGAAAGAAUUUAAAGAUAAAGAAUAAUAAGAAAAAUAGAAAGAAUAAAAAGUUAAAGAAGAAAUGAAAGAAUGGAAAAAUAAUGUUGAAAUAAUGUUAUAAUAGGAAUAGGAAGUAAGAUAAAGAGAAAAAUAAAUGCAUUCUAAAAUUUUAUAAUUAUAAUAAAAUUAGGACAUUUAAUCUAUUUAUAAAAAAUAUGAAAAAUAAUUAUAAGCAAUAUAUCAUGCUUAUUAAGAAUAUACUGAUUGGAAGAUAGAAAAUGCAGGAAUAGAAAAAGAGUUAUUGUAAUUCAAAGGAUUUACAAACUUUGCUUCUUAAUUUAGUAUAUAUCCUGCUAUAAUUACUCCUGAAGAUGCAUAGUUAAUAUUUAGAUCUAUAACUAGAGAGAGAGAGAGAUAACAAUAAUAGUUGAAUGAAAAAAAUGGUUUUAAUACUGUGCCACCAAAAGGAAUGAAUUAUAUUGAAUUUUAAUAAGCAUUAUUGAGAAUUUCAAUAAAGGGAUAAAAGUAUUUUGAUUUACUAAAUGAUAAAUAUUAAAAUAAUAUGAAGACUAUCGAUAUGCUUGCAUUAAAAAAAGAUUAAGUUAUUUCAGAAGAAGGACCACUUGAAAAAAGAGAAGACUAAUAUUAAUAAGUUGAUGCUACAAGUUCUAAGACUUUAUAAGGAUUGAUGUAUUUUUUAGAUAUGCCAGAAGAAAAAACAGAAAUGAACUCUAAAUUAAGAGCUUUAAAAUUAGAGUUUUAAAAAGUAGCAGCAUAAAGAGAUAAAAAAUAAUGUAAUUUAAUUAUAUUAAUUAAUUAAGUGGUUUAAUAAAAAUUAACUGAAGAUGUCAAAUAACCAAUCAAAAGAAAAUAAUCUAUUGGAGAAAAGGAAUCAAAAGACAAAAGUUAAGAAAAAUGUAUUUUCUAUUAUUUAUUAUUUAAGUAUAACCUUAAAGAAACAAAUCAUAAAAUACAAGACUAGAUUCUGCACAAAAUAAAAUGAAAUCAUCUCAAAAGGAUUAAUAACAUGCUGUUGAUAAAAAUGAAUUAAAUACACAAUCUCCUAAAAGUAUUUUAAUAUUUAUUAUCAUUCUUAGAAAUAGAAACUACAGGGCCAGAUGGAAAAAAAGAAAGUGGGAAAGUUAAUUAAUAAAAAAAAUCAUGAU